AUGUAUAAGGAAAAAGUAAAAAUCAGAUUAUUAGCUCAACUUAUUGGAAGUUUAGUGGCAGCUUGUCCAGCAAUAAAAUAUGGUUGGCUCUAUACAAAGAAGUUAGAGAGAGAGAAGUUUCUGUCGCUGUUGAAGAAGGAUGGUAAAUAUGACUGCGUCAUGAGGUUGCCAGAGCAUUUGAGAGAGGAUUUUGAAUGGUGGAAAAUAAAUAUUAUGAACUCUAGAAACUCCUUUAAAUUACCUAGUUAUAAAAGGGUUAUUUUUACUGACGCCUCUCUAUCAGGUUGGGGAGCUUAUUGUGAAGGUACUGGUACUCACGGGUCAUGGUCUGUAGAAGAGAAAAAACACCAUAUAAAUUAUUUAGAGUUGCUUGCAAUAUUCUUUGCUUUAAAAUCAUUCGCUUCGGAUCUUUACAAUUGUAACAUUCUCUUGAGAGUUGAUAAUACGACUGCAAUCUCUUACAUAAAUCGAAUGGGUGGUAUUCAACAUCAGAAUUUAAAUAUUCUUGCUAGAGAAAUUUGGCAGUGGUGUGAACAGAAAAACAAUUGGAUCUUUGCAUCGUAUAUCCCCUCUCAAGAAAAUGAAGAUGCCGAUCGAGAAUCAGGAAAAAACAAUGUCGACACUGAAUGGGAGAUUGGAAACGAAUAUUUUCGUAAAAUAGUUAGAAAAUAUGGUACACCGGAAAUAGAUCUUUUCGCGAACAGAAUUAAUAAAAAAUGCGAGGUUUUCUGUUCCUGGUUUCAAGACCCAGAAAGUUUCAUCGUAGAUGCGUUUACAAUCAACUGGCAUAACUGGUUUUUCUAUGCGUUCCCUCCGUUUGCUAUGAUUCCUAGGGUCAUUCAGAAAAUUGUAUCUGACAGAGCACGGGGUAUAUUAGUAGUCCCUUAUUGGACCACUCAGGCUUGGUUUCCAGUUUUCGAGACUCUUUUAAUCAUUAAAUCAUCCCUUGCAUCAAAAAAUGUUUUUGAUUGUCGGAAAGCUAUCCGGACAGCGUUCGAAAAAAGAGGACUUCCGUCAUCAGCCGUAGAGAUUGUAAUACUAUCGCUUGCAGAAGGAACAAUAAAACAAUAUGCUGGUCCAAUAAAAGAAUGGUUUGGAUUUUGCGAAGAAAAGAAGCAAGAUCCAUAUAAUAUCACAGAAAAUAAUUUAUUAGAAUUUUUAUCUCACAAGUUUCAAGCAGGAGCAGCUUAUGGCUCCCUAAAUUCAAUGAGAGCAGCAAUAUCCCUAUUAUCAGAAAAAAGCCUAUCAUCUAGUCUAUUAUUAAAUAGAUUUUUCAAAGGUGUCUAUCGAAAUCGUCCUCUAAGGCCGAAGUAUGAUAAAACCCGGGAUCCAAAGAUAGUCUUAGAUGUGUUAGAAACUUGGUUUCCCUUGGAAAGUUUAAAGUUGUCAAGGUUAACGUUAAAAGUAGCAACCUCGUUAGCAUUAGGCACUGCUCAUAGAAUACAAACGUUGGCACUAAUUAAAGUAAGUAAAAUCAAAAAAGUAGAAGGAGGAUUAGAAAUAGAAAUUGAAGAUUUUACAAAAACAUCUAAAAAAGGUGUAAAUCAACCAUUGCUGUUUUUACCCUAUUUUAAAGACAAACCUCAACUAUGUAUUGCAAGCACAGUAGAAAAAUAUAUUGAGGCUACUAAUUCAUUAAGAAAUAAUGUUGACAAACUGCUAAUCACUUUUAAGAAACCUUACAAAGAAGCGUCUACUCAAACAAUCAGUCGUUGGGUUAAGUCAGUGUUAACAGAAAGUGGUGUUCCAGAAGAAUUUACCGCAUAUUCAACGCGACAUGCAUCCACAUCAACUGCAUAUAAAAAAGGAAUUGACAUAAACACAAUUAAGUCAACGGCUGGUUGGACGAAAUCGUCAGAGGUUUUCGCAAGAUUUUACAAUAGACCAAUUAAAGUAUCGAAAAGCAUAUUCGCUGAAACAGUUUGUCUUCAAGCUAAUAUAAUAAGUUAUUAA